UUUGAGUCCUUUAAAUACGCCAGAUAUUUGCUGAGACUCAGCUCAUGUCUGCCAGGCAAAUCCAGAAGACAGUCUGCAAGAUUAGUUCACUGAAGACACCUACAAGGCUUACUUUAAGGAUGCAGAGCCUAUGUGUACUAUUGAUCGUCGCCUUUUGUGGGCCAGCUCUGGGUAAUCGCCUGCAGGAGCAGCAGACAGAUUUUGGACUCCGUGUUUUUUCAAAAGCUGCCCAAGCCCAUCCACAUCAAAAUCUCCUUCUGUCUCCAUAUGGUCUCUCCUCCAUGCUGGGGAUGGCUCAGCUGGGAGCCAACGGUAUCACUUUAAAGACUCUCAAACGACGCAUGGGCUACUCUCUGAAAGAUCAUGGAAUGUCACAUCAACAAAGGCUUCUUCAGAGAGACCUGGCAAGUGAAGAAGGAGUGGAAGUGGCAAGUGGCAUAAUGGUGGGCAGGAAGGUAAUCUUGGAAAAAGACUUCAGACGUAGCCUAUUAAAGGCUUUUCAGAGUGUGCCACACCAGGUGGACUUCAGCAAUCCUGAAACAGCCGUGGAUGUCAUCAACUCCUGGAUGUCAGACAACACUGGAGGCAUGAUCCCAAAUUUCCUACAGUCUGGAGCAUUAAGUGACCAGACACGAUUGGUGCUGUUGAAUGGUCUUCACUUCCAUGGGCUUUGGAAGAACCCCUUUGACCCUAAACUGACUGCAGAGGCAACCUUUCACGUAGCUAACGGCAGUACAGUGUCAGUGCCAAUGAUGAGAUCAACGCAAAAGUUCAACUACGGUGAUUUUAUUACAAAGGAGGGCAUUGAAUAUGAUGUUAUUGAGGUGCCAUAUGAUGGAGACUCAAUGAGCAUGCUCAUCAUAUCAUCUUUCGAGAAGGAUGUACCUCUUUCCGCCCUAACCAACGAGCUAAGCAGUAACAAAAUCCAGGAAUGGAGGAAGCAGUUGAGGAAAGUUUCUCGAGAGUUGAUGAUUCCCAGAUUUUCCUUAGACGUAGAAGUUGAUCUGAAGUCAGCACUAAGAAAACUGGGUCUUGGCAACAUCUUCAGUCAAUCUAAGGCUGAUUUCUCCCAUAUGACUUCUGAAGAGCCAUUGUAUGUAUCUAAGGUCUUACAAAGAGUAAAGAUUGAGGUUAAUGAAGAGGGAACCAAAGGAUCUUCUGCUGGAGGUAUCAUCAUCUACUCUCGCAUGGCCAUACCGGAGCACAUUUUAAAUCGUCCAUUCCUGUUUCUCAUACAACACAAGCCAACAGAUGCUGUGCUAUUCAUUGGUCAAGUAAACCAACCUCAGGAUCAUUAGCAAUCCCAUAAGCACUAAGAAGAUUACUGUCACUGUCUUCUAACAAAUUACUACUGAGUCAGUGCAGGUUUGGAAACAAGAUAAAGUAGCAAAAAUGCAACCCAGAGACCCCACUAAAAAGUGCACUUUGAAAUGUUAACCUCAACAAAUGGGUUAAUAAGAUGAGUAUUUUGAAAUUAAUUAAUUUGUUUGAUUAAAAAGCCUCACUGCAUUAACUGGAAAUAAUUUAUCAUUAAGGAUUUUAUUGCGCAAUGUGUGUGGGGGGGAUGGCACUGUAAAAAUUAUUUGUAAAUGAAGGAUGAGGCAAAUGUUACUAUUGUUGUAGGACUAUAUGGGCAAUUUUUUAAAGGCUUUUAUAAAGAUUAUGACUUUAAAAGAAGUAUUUUGAAACAGUAGUUUUAAACCUGCAAGAACAUGAUGUCUAAAAUUUGCUAAAAUGUUUUGCUAUCAUGAUGUUUAUUUUACAUAUUAUAUUCAAUGCAAAUUGUAUUUUUUUAAAAACCUGUAUUUAUUUAUAUGUGAAAACUUUUAUAUGUGUGAAAAUGACAUAUUUGUACAUUGAGAGUUAUUAUUAAAAUGUAAUAAACAUACUUUUUAAUGAAA